AUGCGUUUCGUAUCUCUAUCGCUGGGCCUUCUGGUCUUCGGAUUAUCUUCUCUGGUCUCCGCAGACCCGAAUCCUCUUCCUCUACCACCACCAGUUCAAGCCGAUACUCUAUCAAAAACAACUUCGCCGGCGAGGGAUGUGAAAGCGCCAGAGCUUCCCGAGCUUACCGGCACGAACUUUUACGACAAGAUAGCAAAGGGCUAUUGGUUUGUAAAACAUUAUUCCCCUACAUGCGGCCAUUGCAUUGCCGUCGCGCCUACCUGGAAAACUCUCCAUGAGUUCUAUUCUACAUCAACGCUCGACAGCACAGCUCUCCCACCUCCCGGUGCCGAGUUUAAAUCUCAGUCUGCGUCACCUUCAUUCACCGAAAAUUAUGACUUCCAUUUCGCCAACCUAAACUGCAAUGCCUACGGAGAUAUUUGUGUGGAAGAGAAACUAAAUAUUCAUGGAUACCCUACGUUUAAUUUGUACAAGGACGGAAAACUUGUUGACCAGUUCAAGAAGACUACCCGCGACCUAUCGAGCCUGAGCGAGUUUGUGGAGACAUACCUGGAAGAAAUCAAACCAGGAAGUAGACCAAAAACUAUCACCCUCCCGAAAGUUCCUGACGCCUCGGAGGAGGAAACCCCCCAAAAAGAGGAGAAGGAGGGCGAGGUUGGUAAGACAGAGGCGCAGGAGACUGAAGCGGAUGCUACGGAGGAAAAGGCGACCAAAGUCCAGUCUCCCCGUCCUUCACCACCAAAGCAAACUGCAAAUCUUCUUGGAGAGAGCAUGAACCUCGAUGCCGAAGCGUUCCUACGUCUUGUCACCACCACCCGCGACCCUUGGUUCAUCAAAUUCUAUGCGCCCUGGUGUGGGCACUGUCAAGCCAUGGCACCCGCAUGGUCCGAGCUUGGUCGCGAAAUGAAGGGCUCCCUGAACAUAGGUGAAGUCAACUGCGAGGUCGAGAAGCGCCUCUGUAGAGAUGUUAAUCUCCGGGGAUACCCAACCAUCUUGUUCUUUCAGGGCGGCGAGCGCGUUGAAUAUGAUGGCCUCCGCGGCCUCGGUGAUCUCGUUGCAUAUGCGCGGAAAGCUGUCAAUUCCGGCGUGAAUGAGGUUGAUCUUGUGGAAUUUGAGGAGAUGGAAAAGGCCGGUAUGGAGGUUGCAUUUAUCUAUUUCUAUGACCAGGCCACCACCAGCGAAGACUUCGCAGCCUUGGAGAGGAUCACUCUUCCCCUUAUCGGACACGCCCCAUUACUCAAGACCAGCAGCGAUCUAAUGGCAAAGCGGUUCCGCGUAACUACAUGGCCCCGUCUCAUCGUUGUCCGUGAUGGAAAACCAAGCUACUAUCUUGCGCUAUCCCCCAAGGAUAUGCGCGAUACGAACAAAGUCCUCGACUGGAUGAAGUCUGUAUGGCUUCCCAUUGUUCCGGAACUCUCUGCUGCCAAUUCCCACGAGAUCAUGCACGGUAAGACCGUCGUGCUCGGGAUAUUAUCGCGUAACCGCCCCAAUGACUUUGCAACCGCCAAGGCCGAGCUCAAGAAAGCUGCUAUGGAGUUCAUGGACCAGCGCCAGAUGGAGGAGAAGAACGAGAAGCAGGAACUCCGAGACCGGAAGCAGCUGCGCAUAGAAGAGGCCGAGGACCGUGAUGACGAGCGAGCGCUGAGAGCGGCAAAGAACAUGCGUAUCAACGUAGAGAAGAAGAAGGAGGUGGGUUUUGCGUGGGUAGAUGGCGUCUUCUGGGAACGAUGGGUGCGCAGUACCUACGGCGUUAAUGUCAACGAAGUUGGAGAGAGAAUCAUCAUUAACGAUGAAGACAACAAGAGGUAUUGGGAUAUCACGCUCGAUGGCGCGCCAAUCCGUCCUUCUCGUUCUGCCAUCCUCGAUACGCUCAAGGCUGUCAUCGCCGAUCCCCCCAAGAUCCAAAGCAAGUCUUCUACCAACCGCCUUUACAGCGUAUUCUACAGGCUGCGUUCAGGAUUCGGACACCACCCUGUGCUCAGCACCUUUGGUGCCAUUGUUCUCAUCGUUGUGGCAGCUGUGUAUGGGAAGGGUUUGAUGAGGAGACGAGCCGGUGGAUUUUUCAAACUGGAAGGAAAGGAGGGCCUGCUCGGUGGAAAUACAGGGACCAAAGCCGACUAG